AUGGGUCAACGGCACACAAAGAAAGAUAGUUCCAAUCAGAAACCAGAAGAAACUCAACAAACUUGCCUUGACAUUGUCGAUUGUUUUGACAUCUUGGACGAUUACGUCUACAUUGAAACCUGGCAAAAUAUAGACCUGAGCAAUGAGAACAAGCCAAUUCAUAAUGACAACAACGACGACAAGAAAGAUUUGAAAGAAAUUGCAGACGAAAUGGAAAAACAAGAUUUUUCAUCGACUGAGCAAGAAAUGAGUAAAUGCAUUAAGGAUUGUUACUUGUUUCUGAAAGAAAGUGAAAGAGAAUCAUUUAGGGAAGCUAUUUAUGCUAUAUUGUUACAUGGAAAUUUCCUUAUUGAAAUUGGUGAAAUGGGUGUUGAGCUAUUUAAGGACAUUUUCAACCAAGUCAACCAGGAAUCCUAUGUGAAGAGAAUGACAGUAAUUCAUGAUCAUUUGAAACUGAUUACACAUCCACGGUAUAGAAGCACUCUUGAAUCUUCUGUGAAUCAUAUUGAGAAUAUUCUGAGAGCCAAAGCAAAGAAAUACUUUUGGGCAUGCAUUAUUUUGGGAAUUGUGUCCUUGGUUGGGUUAGUUGGAUUGGGAAUUGCUGCAAUUACUACAUUUAUUGGUGCUUUUGUGGGAGUUCCUAUUGUGGCUGGAGUUGGUGUGGCCAUGGCAGUUGGAUGCAGUGUGGCUAUCCCUGUGGCCAUGAACUCUUGCCUAAAAAGUAAAGAAGUGAGCUCAUUCGCAGACAAAUGGGAAGAUAAAUUGAUGCAGAGUAGAGAAUAUUUUGGAAAGAUUAUGGACAGUGAGGAGGUUGGUGAUGCCAAGAAAACUACGGCAACUUUUGAAACUGGAAAUCAAUUGCCAAAGAUUGAAGAUUGUGAACAAUUGAUUAGAAUCUUUAAUCAAUUGCGUAAAUAUGGAAAAUCAUUGAAAGAAUGCGUAUACUAA